CUUCCGGAGUCUCCCGGCAACUUGGCGUGGUCCUCUGACUAAAACCUGUCACUUGACUCGCGUGCGCGAAGCCGCGCGCUUCUGUUUCUCGGCCUUAUGGCCGGGCUGACCCUGUUUGUGGGCCGCCUCCCGCCCUCGGCCCGCAGCGAGCAGCUGGAGGAGCUGUUCAGCCAGGUGGGGCCGGUGAAGCAGUGCUUCGUGGUGACUGAGAAAGGGAGUAAGGCAUGUCGAGGCUUCGGCUAUGUCACUUUUUCUAUGCUGGAAGAUGUUCAGAGGGCGCUCAAGGAGAUUACCACCUUCGAAGGCUGCAAGAUCACCGUGACUGUUGCCAAGAAAAAACUGAGAAAUAAAUCCAAGGAAAAGGGGAAAACUGAAAAUUCAAAGUCCCCAAAGAAGGAGCUACAGCCUAAAAAAGCCAAAGUGGCAGAUAAGAAAGCCAGAUUAAUUAUUCGGAACCUGAGCUUUAAGUGUUCAGAAGAUGACUUGAAGACAGUAUUUGCUCAGUUUGGAGCUGUCCUGGAAGUAAACAUCCCUAGGAAACCAGAUGGAAAGAUGCGUGGUUUUGCUUUUGUUCAGUUCAAAAACCUCCUAGAAGCAGGAAAGGCUCUCAAAAGCAUGAACAUGAAAGAGAUAAAAGGGCGGACAGUGGCUGUGGAUUGGGCUGUGGCAAAGGAUAAAUAUAAAAAUACACAGUCUGCCUCUGUCGCAGGUGAGAAGAAGAGGCCUGAACCUAAAUGUCAGGAAUUAGGUCAAGAGAAUGGCAGGGAAGAAGAGGAUAUGGAGGAGGAGGAGAAUGAUGGUGGUUAUGAUGAUGAGGAAGAUGAUGAAGAAGAGGAGGAGGACGAGGAGAAUAGGGAGUCGAAGCUGACCAAGCCUGUGCAAAUUCAGAAGAGAGCAGUCAAGAGGGCAGCACCUGCAGAAAGCAGUGAAGAGGAGCAUUCUGAUGACAACAGCGACCUGGAGGAAACAGACAGGAUCGAUGGUGGAGAGGACCUGGGUCAGAGUGAUACCAACACUGAAGAGCAAGAGGAGGAAGUCUCGAAAAAGAAGAAGAAGAAGAGGAAAUUACCCUCUGAUGUGAAUGAAGGGAAAACUGUCUUUAUCAGAAACCUGUCCUUCGACUCAGAGGAAGAAGACCUUGGAGAGCUCCUCCAGCAGUUUGGAGAUCUUAAAUACGUCCGCAUUGUCUUGCAUCCAGACACAGAGCAUUCUAAAGGUUGUGCAUUUGCCCAGUUCAUGACUCAAGAAGCGGCUCAGAAAUGCCUUGAAGCUGCUUCUCCAGAGACCGAGAGUGGUGGGCUUAAACUGGAUGGCCGGCAGCUUAAGGUUGACUUGGCAGUGACCCGUGAUGAGGCUGCAAAGCUCCGGACAAAGAAGGUGAAGAAGCCGACUGGGACCCGGAACCUCUAUCUGGCCCGAGAAGGCUUGAUUCGUGCUGGGACGAAGGCUGCAGAGGGUGUGAGUGCUGCUGAUAUGGCCAAAAGAGAACGAUUUGAGCUGCUGAAGCAUCAGAAACUCAAGGACCAGAAUAUCUUUGUCUCCCGGACCAGGCUGUGCCUGCACAAUCUCCCCAAGGCCGUGGAUGACAAACAGCUCAGAAAGCUGCUGCUGAAUGCCACUAGAGGGGAGAAGGGGGUGCGCAUCAAGGAGUGUCGGGUAAUGCGAGGCCUUAAAGGAGCUCAUGGGAAAAUUAACGGUCAGUCCUUGGGCUAUGCCUUUGCAGAGUUCCAGGAGCACGAGCAUGCCCUGGCAGCCCUACGCCACAUCAACAACAAUCCAGAAAUCUUUGGGCCUCAGAAGAGACCAAUAGUGGAGUUCUCUUUGGAAGAUCGAAGGAAACUUAAAAUAAAGGAACUGAGGAUCCAGCGCAGCCUGCAAAAAGUGAAAUCCAUGUCGGCAACUGGUGAGCAGCCCCAGCAAGAACCACCAGAGCUUGGGAAAAAACAGCAACAGAAAACAGCUCAGAGCCACAUGCCUCAACAAAGCAAGGCACCCGUGAAGCAGAAGGAGAAGGCAGGAUCUGUCUCGUGGACAGGGUUCCAGACCAAGGCCGAAGUGGAGCACGUGGAGCUGUCUGAUGGGAAGAAGCGAAGAAAGGUCCUGGUGCUCCCCUCACACCGAGGCCCCAAAAUUAGGUUACGGGACAAAGGCAAAAUGAAGCCUCUCGCUCCCAAGAAGACAACCCCCCAGAUAAACCACUGGAAGCAAGAGAAGCAGAAAUUAUCUUCCAAGCAGGUACCUAGGAAGAAAGCUAAGGGAAAUAAGACAGAAAUUCGCUUCAACCAGCUGGUCGAACAAUAUAAGCAGAAGUUAUUGGGACCUUCUAAAGGAGCUCCUCUUGCAAAGAGGAGCAAAUGGUUUGACAGUUGAUGAUGGUAGCAGACUGGCACCUCCUCCUGAGGACUCAAGAGAGGUGGUCGGUGGUGGAGAGAGCAGUGAGCAUGGCCAGAGAAAGAGUUGGAAAUACAGCACAAAGCUCUUAAUUCCCCAGUCCAGUCUGGUGCCAUAAUAAGUGAUGCUUUCUUCAGAACCAUUGCUGACCUAGGGAUAUGGCUAUUUCAUUGCAGUAUCUUGGGAAACCAAUGAAUGCUCAGAAAUGCCCUUAAUUGGUUUAAAGAUGGGUAAAAGAGAGACCAUGAAAAUACUGAAACCUUUUGGAGAGAACUAAAGGACAGAGGCUGUAUCUCCAGAGUUACCUUGAGACAGUGCGACUUGGGGAGUUCGAAGUGUUCCGGCAGCAGCUCGGCAACCCAUCAGCCCUAGGAUGGCCUGUAUUCUGUGGGGGAGUCAGACACUUUAUUAAAGGUGUAAAUAGAAGAUCCACA